UUGUCAUCUCUAAAUAGCCCAUGUACUACAAAAACAGCUGUUGCUAUCGUAAACAGACGCUGGAGUUUUACUUACACACUCUAAAUUCUUUGUUAAAUACCAUAUUAUACACCUAAAAUGUCUUCGGCUAUAUACCUAGAGAACUAUUUGGAUGGAUUGGAAAGCCUGCCAACGGAGCUGGAGAGAAAUUUUAAGCUGAUGCGAAAACUGGACGACCGAGCACAAACAGCGAUGAAAAGCAUAGAUAGCCACGCCAAGGACUUUAUGCGAAAGCUGGGCGAGAACGGCGCCAUGAGCGAGGAGGAGAGGAGGGAGCGCCAGGAGGACAUCAAGGCGCUGUUCGGAAAGGCCAAGGAGUACAGCGACGACAAGGUGCAGCUGGCCAUCCAGACCUACGAACUAGUGGACAAGCAGAUCCGGCGACUGGACAACGAUUUAGCCCGCUUUGAGGGAGAGAUCCAGGAGAAGGCCUCAUCUACGCGUGCAAAAUCCGAGGAAGUGGUGGCCAAGAAAGGUCGAAAAAAAACCAAGGACAGCAAGACGACGGGAAAAAAGAAAAAGUCGGCAUCCUCAGAUGAGGAAACUGGGCGGGGCAACAACCAAUCUAACGCCAAUUCCAGUGUUAAUUCGAGCAGCAAUGCCGGGCAAGGUACCAAAAAGAAAAAGUCAAAGGUAAAUCAAGAAAAAGAAACUCGCAAGGGGGGCGCACAAAAGAAAACCGUCGAGGUUGAUGACUCUGAGAAGGAAUCCUGCCACACGGCCGCCACUCAUCCCAGCGACGUUAUGGACAUGCCCGUCGACCCCAAUGAGCCCACAUAUUGCCUAUGUCACCAGGUAUCCUAUGGAGAGAUGAUUGGCUGCGACAAUCCUGACUGCCCCAUCGAGUGGUUCCACUUCGCAUGCGUUGGCCUCACCACAAAGCCGAAAGGCAAGUGGUUCUGCCCCAAGUGUACGCAGGACCGAAAGAAGAAAUAGAUGCAAUCCUUUAUGAUAACUUAGAAUACUAGUAGAUUAAGCACAAAAUUACCUAUUUAAAUAAAGCCACGGCAACUGUAA